AUGAAGCGAAUACGCAUAUCGUCAUGUGCCACCACCUCGCUGGCCCCGAGUGCUGCGCGCCGCCCGCUCUGUCCAUAUGCCGCCGCCCUGCACAGGACCAUCGCGCCCCAUAAUCACAGGAUACAAGCGCGUUUUCAGACGACGGCUGCCGUUGAAGAUUUCGGGGGGGAGCAGAUUGAGAUAGAAUCGCCCGCGAUAAAGACGGAGAAGACGAGAGGGCCGUCAAGAAAACCCCAUCGCUCUGUGAAGCCAGAGCACAUGCCAUCACCACAUCCCUAUGAGGCAUUACAAUCAAUAAAGCUUUCAGCUCUACGAGCACGACUGUCACUGCCACAACGAUUUCCUCUUCAGACGCUCGCCCGGACGCUUGUACAUCCUUCCGCCGACCCUGAUCCCGCCUUCAACAAUGCGUCCCUGUCCAUCCUUGGAGCGAAUCUCCUUGGCUACUACACCACCGAACAUCUACUCUGCAACUACCCUCGACUACCCAUGGAGGUAGCUUUCGCCGCACAGAACGCAUAUGUCGGACCAAGAGCCUUGGCUGUCCUUGCCAGCGAAUGGGGCAUCGAGGCCGCAGCGGAGCCAGGAGGUGAGGUAGAGCCCGGCCUAUUGCAGUUCAAGCGUUUGAAGCCGGGAGAAGGCGUUCCGGCGGCAUUGAGAAGGCAAGCGCCGUGGAAAUGGAAUGUCACCCAAACACACAGAAUUGUUGCAACGGACGAGUUCGGUUCCCAUAACGCACCGCCGAGCCCACACUCUUUGACCGACGUACCCGUACCGAUGGAAGAGGCGGCGCAGUCUUUCGUGCGUGCCCUAGUCGGAUCAUUACACCUGCAUCUCGGAGCACCCCUUGUGAAGCGUUUCUUCAAGAACCACUUCCUCAGCCGACACCUUGACCUCUCCGAAAUGUUCGACUUCCGCACACCUACCCGCGAUCUGUCGCGACUCUGCGCACGAGAAGGCUUCGAGGCCCCAGUCGCUCGUCUCAUCUCAGAGACCGGUCGACUAAGCAGGCAUCCCGUAUUCGUGGUCGGCGUCUACAGCGGAAAGGACAAGCUUGGGGAAGGAGCUGGCGCCUCACUGGACGAGGCAAGGUUCCGCGCAGCGGCAGCAGCUCUAAAAGCAUGGUGUCUCUACAAACCACUAGACGUGACCGUCCCGAGUAGCAUGGAGGGCGAACUGGAUACGAGCAAGUGGAAGCCGAACAUGGUCGAUUGCGGUGAAGUCAUUGUAUAA